ACCUCAAUCAGCACUCAGUGCCGACUCACCUCUUUUCAAAAGCGGACAUAAACACAAUUUGAGUGAAAUUGAUAAGGAGCUUUUGAUUGAAGAGAAAAGUGCAUCGUGCAGCCAUGGUGUCCGUGCAGACGAUAGCCACCAUUGUGGUGAAAGUAUUCAAGAUUGUGCUGAACAUAGUGAUCCUCGUGCUGUACCGCACCGGCUACAACGGGGAGUUCCUAGGUGUGGGUGGCACAUGGAACCUGAACGAGGAGAAGAACCCGGACGCCGAGAUCGUGGCAUCUGGAGUGUUCGUCGGCUACCUCAUCUACACCUGCGUGCAAGUUAUCACCUUCCUGUUCGGCACGACCGAGCACAAGAGAGCGCUGUCGGACAUCGUGAUGAACUUCGUAGGCGUGUUCCUGUGGAUCGCGGUGGGAGCCGUGGCGCUCCACUACUGGGGCGGGUACCAGGGAGAACAUCAGUUCCAGUUCGUGUUCGCCGAAAAGCAGGUGGGGCUGGCGGUGGGCUCGCUGUGCGUCAUCCAGGGCGCCGUGUACCUGCUGGAUACUGCGCUCUCCGUCAUACACUACAUGAAGGAAAUGUAACGCAGGCCUGCCACCUGCCACCUCAACGACGUAUAUUAAUAAGAUUUAGCAUAGUAAGGCUGCACACACUAGCGAAUUUAAUUAAGAAACAAAAAAGUCCAAGUUUCGACGAAGGAAUCUAUAAGCAAUUACUGCUUCUUAAAGAUUUUAAAGUUAAAACUAUUUAAUUCGUUACGUUUACUGGAAGAUCAAUUAUUUUGUAUGAAUGUUAAUUAUUUUGGUUCCAAGUUAAUCGAUUAGAAACAGUCGAGUAAGAUGGCGUCCACCAUUAAGUGACGUCACCCAAACAUUAUAUAAAUAUAUUAUUAUAAUUAGGUUUUCUUAAUGGUUUUAAACUGAAAGAAGGUUUAUUUUGUUUUAUUCGUCAGAUUAAUUAAUAAUAAAAGGACACAUAGUUUAAAUUUCUAAUAAUAGUUAUAACAGUUAUAAUAAAUAUUUCUUUUAUUUCUAUAUUUUACAUAUUAUUAUAUUUUUGCUCGUGUGUGUGUUAUUAAUAGGAAUAUUAUGUAAUAAAAUAUUUUAUUUUAUGUAAUAGUAUUAAAUAAUAUAAUGAGUAUAAUAUGUUGUGCCCCAGGUGUAAUUGAACCUGAUAGACACAACCUGUCCCACCUCACGUCGCGGUCGGCCGCUGUCCUAAUACAUGUUCUAUCAUUUUGUAACUAUUUGAAUACAAUAUUAUAAUGUUAAA